UAAACAACAACAAUCGCUCGAUCAAACAGUAGGCGAAGGCCACACAAACGCGAAAGUGAUCCUUUGGAUAAGAAAAUUUUGAAUGAAAAAGAGAAAUAUGAAGAUACAACCUUCCGGUAAAUAGCACAAGAAAAAAGGACUCUUCUUAAGCUCUACAUCCGCCAAUCGCUGAAGGAAGCGAAAAUGAAGCUAUCUUUGCCAUUACAAGGAUAUUUCGAUCUACUGAAGCAUCAACCGGGUGAGAAAAAGUUUGUAUGCAUCAAUUGCGGUCGUCCUGUUUCAGGAUUGUAUCGUCAGAUCAGUUCAACAGUAUUGAAAAUAAUAGACUGCGAAAAAUGCAAAAAACCAGCCGACAAGUACAUCGAAUUUGAAGUGCUUAUCAUACUGAUCGACUUAAUUCUGCUAUCGAAACCCGCCUAUAGACAUAUUUUAUAUAACUCCGACUGCAAGAAUCUUUGGAAAAUCGGCUGCAUUCUCAUACUGCUCGAAGCCUACUGCUUCUGGUCGGAUGCAUUUCGAGGUAUAACAAGCAUCAGCUAUCGAUCGCACGUGAACGAUCCCUUCCUGUCCGAGAAAGGAUUUUACCUCUCGACGGUUCAUUUCGUGGCCGGGUUUCUGCUGUUGUAUGGUUUUAUUUAUUUAUUCACCCGCACCCUUCAUCGCACGGUGCCGAAGGUGACGGGCAAUGGUAAAACCUACCCGCACAUGCUACUGCACGGUGUCAUUCUAGCAAGCAUAGGGAAAUUUCUGUUCAUUCCAAUCAGCAUCUGGCGGGAAAGCUCUACCGAAACUUGUAUGGCCAUUCAUAUAAUACUGGUGCUGAUGUACUUCGUGAUAUCGCUCGUGCAGAUACACUCGGUCGUAAGUGACUGUGCGCGAUCUCGUUCCUGUUUGAUCGUAAUUUUAGCGUUUAUUGUAAAGGCCUACUUUCUGACCCGCGUUAGCGGAUUACUGCAGGAGUUUGUUUAAUAAAUAACCGCACCCCACUAUGUUACA